CACCGGAAGUGUGCUGUAGGGAAAUAGAAACGCAGUCGUUCAAUGUUCGUUUGUUGGGGAUCGAUUUUAGAAGAACGUGGGAUAUGAGAAGUUAAAGCUGGUGUGGAGAAAUCAGACAACAAAGCAAGCAUCCUGCAAUAACGCCUACCCUCAAGUAAUAUCCGGUUUUGAACCAGAAAAAAAACGAUGGGCUCGUCCAAGAAGCACAAGGAAAAGAGCCGUGACAAGGAAGCGGAGGAGCGCCGCCGUGAGCAUAAGAAACAUCGGCACAAGGACCGAGAAAGAGACGGUUCGGAUCGGGAUGGCGCUCGGGAUAAAGAUAAACGGAAACGCUCACGGUCCAAGGAAAGGAGCAAACGAGAGAGCCGCAGCAAAGGCGAGAGGAGCACUGGAGAGCCUCGCGUGAAGAAGGAGAAAAUAGAUCUUGGAUAUGAGGAAAGCAAAGGAGAAGUGGAACCUCAAAGUGCAAGUGGAGAUGCCUCCCUCAGCAUCGAGGAAACAAACAAGCUCAGGGCGAAGCUGGGUCUAAAGCCCCUAGAGAUGAAUGACAGCAAGAAGGAGCUUGGGACCAAAGAGCAGCCACUGGUUGCAGAGACCAUCAACCCUGUUCUAAUCCAGCAGCAGAAAGAGAUGAGGGAGAAACUGGCAGCUGUGAAAGAAAAACGCAUCCUGAACCAGAAAUUGGGAAAAGUUAAAUCCCUAGCUGAUGACGACUGGCUGGAUGACACGGCAGCGUGGGUAGAGCGAAGCAGAAAAAUGGCAAAAGAAAAGGAAAUGGCAGAAAAAAGAGCCAAGCUUCUGGCAGAGAUGGAUGAGGAGUUUGGUGUCAGCAGUCUUGUGGAGGAGGAAUUUGCACAAACCAAAAAGGAGGCAUACACAGCUCAAGAUCUGAAGGGUCUCAAAGUGCAGCACAAGGUGGAGUCUUUCAGCGAGGGCCAGACUGUCAUUCUGACCCUGGAGGAUAAGGGUGUUCUCGAGGAAGAGGAAGACGUGCUUGUAAACGUGGGACUGGUGGACAAGGAAAAGGCAGAAAAGAACGUGGAGUUAAAAAAGAAAAAGCCAGAUUACAAGCCAUAUGAUGAAGAGGAGAGUGUGGACGAUAUGGUUAACUUUAAGUCCCACUCUGUACUGUCAAAGUAUGAUGAAGAAAUUGAGGGUGAAAAGAAAAAGAGUUUCCGAUUGAGUACCGGAGGCUACGCCGAUGGGGCACGAGAGCGGGAGCUCCAGGCCAUGAGAGACAUGCUCAGAGGUCAGGCACAGUCUCUGGAAAUGCCAGCUCUCUCUAUUGCUUCAGAGUACUACACACCUCAGGAAAUGGUGGGCUUUAAAAAGACAAAGCGCCGCGUGAAAAAGAUCAGGAAGAGGGAGAAACCGACCAUUGCAGACGAUUUACUCCUCGAUGACACUCGCACUACUGAUUUUGGCUCGAGGUCUCGCGGCCGAGGCCUCAAACAGAAGGACGAUGAAGAUAAAGGUGAAGAAGCAAAGGUAGAGGAGACCAGAGUGCCCGAUGAUAUUCCCCGCAUGUCUGAUGACAUCAGGACGGCAGAAAUGGACAUAAGUGAUGAUGAGGACUUUACACCUCCCGAACCUGCUGUUAUCGAGGAGGAUGAGGCAGAGCAGGAGCUGCAGAAACAGCUGGAGAAGCAGAGGAAGCUAAAGCAAAAACAGCUCCUCAAAGACUCUGGAGAGAAGGUGGCAGAGCGGAUUAGAGGGCUCGGUGAAGCUGACAACGACAAUGAUCCUGAUAAAAGGAAUAACAUUGUUUUCAAUGCCACCUCAGAGUUUUGCAGAACUCUGGGUGACAUACCAACAUAUGGACUGUCAGGCAACAGAGAGGACCAGGAAGAUAUUAUGGAUUUCGAACAGGAGGAAGAAAAAGAUGAAGCUGGAGGUUCCGAUUCUGAAAUGGAUGAGAAUGUUGGAUGGAGUACAGUCAACCUGGAUGAAGAGCAAAAGCAACCUGACUUCUCCACAGCCUCUGCCACCAUUUUGGAUGAGGAGCCCAUUGUCAACUCUGGCCUCGCUGCUGCUUUGCUGCUGUGCAAAAACAAAGGGCUGUUGGACACUCAAAUGCAGAAGGUUGCUCGCGUCAAAGCAACAAAGGGGGCCCUGCCCAACGACAACUACUGCAUUGAGGACAAGAUGGGCUUUGAUGACAAGUAUAGUCGCAGAGAAGAAUACAGAGGCUUCACGCAAGACUUCAAGGAGAAGGACAGCUACAGGCCUGAUGUCAAGAUUGAGUAUGUAGAUGAGUCGGGGCGGAAACUCACUCCAAAAGAAGCUUUCAGGCAGCUUUCACAUCGAUUCCAUGGGAAGGGGUCUGGAAAGAUGAAAACAGAGAGGCGGAUGAAAAAGCUGGAAGAAGAGGCACUACUGAAGAAGAUGAGCAGCAGCGACACUCCUCUAGGGACUGUGGCUUUGCUUCAGGAGAAGCAGAAAUCACAGAAAACCCCGUACCUUGUGCUUAGUGGGAGUGGGAAAAGUAUGAAUGCGAACACCAUCACAAAAUAAGUCCUGAGCAAGAGUGCUUUGUUUAGAAACAUGUACAUGCAUAUAUUCUCUCACAUACGCAUCUUUUAAUGAUGAGCAUUUCUUUCUUUCUUUAAUUUCAUGCCAUAGUUCGUAAAAAAGCUUUGUUGUUAUGUUAUAGACUUGUUGAAUAAAAUCAGUGCAAGUGAAAAA